AUGGCCACCUUCGCCCUCAUCAUGCAGACAAAUGGAAUAUCCCAGUCUAACCCAGUCCUGGACUUGCUGAAUACGGCUGCCGUGGCAGUUGGUCUGGUUUUCCUGAGCCUCUGUGUGUUGACCUUUGCCCUGUCGCCAGGGGCGGCGACGGUGAACGUUGCUCGGCUGAACCUCUGCGUGUGUCUGCUCGUGGCUCACCUCCUCUUUUUGCUCGUACAACAUUUCCUGCAUCUCAUCCACCCACACAAGGUGCUGUGUCAGACUCUUGCAGGCAUCCUCCACUUUGCCUUCCUGUGCUGCUUCAUGUGGAUGCACCUGGAGGGCAGCACACUCGUCCUAUUGGUCAGUCGACUGAGACACAUCAGAGCCUACAGCAGUCAGGAGGCCUGGUGGAAAUACCUGCACCUGAUUGGCUAUGGUGUUCCCCUGACGGUGGUGGGCGUGUCUGCUGCAGUGAUGCCUGACGGCUAUGGGAGUGAUCAGUGUUGGCUAAGAGAAAAAAAUGGCUUCCAGUGGAGUUUUGUUGGUCCCGUUGUCUUUAUCCUUGUGUGCAAUGUCAUCUUCUUCACUGUCAUCUUCAUCGGCUUCAGCAGCAUCAUAUCAAAGGCAAACACUGACAUCUCAAAGAUUAAACAAAUGAAGAUUCUUAUCAUGAAAACUGCGGUCCAGUUCUUCAUCCUGGGUUGCCCCUGGAUACUCGGUUUCUUCGUGAAAAGCAGCGACAUACUGAACAUUCUCUUCCUUUUCCUCAACUCCCAGCAAGGAACCUUCCUGUUUCUGGUCCACUGUGUUCUCAAUGAGGGGGUUCGGCAGCAAUACAGGAAGUGGUGGCUGAAUCUGAAGCAGGUGGCGCCACACGUGUGUCCUGAAGAGAUGCCUAUCACCUCCCACAAGGUGGCGCCACACGUGUGUCCUGAAGAGAUGCCUGUUGUCUCCCACUAG